AUGUCUGCGGCGGUCGGCGGGGGCAGAAAUGCGUUGAAUGAAACAGGAACGGAUCUUUCGCCAGUAUUACCUCUCAAUAGCUUUGGGAAUGUAGUGAUAUUUCUCUUCAACAUAGUUUUGGCUUCUGCGAUAAUAAUUCUUAACCUUUCUGUAUUUCUUUCGAUUAUGAUUAACGACUCAUUACGCAGCCAAAACCAAUUUAUGUACAUGCUCAGUACUUGCAUCAGUGACAUCUGUUCGGGCGUUUCUUAUUACUAUGUCGGCGUACUUGACGUCAGAGACAGCCACGAUUCUCCGAAAAGAACGUACCACAUCGUACCGACAUUCCUGGGACUCUCUUUCAUGGCUAUUUUAGCGGCACAGGCUGACAGAUACCACGCCGUUACCGCCCCUUUCAAAUACUCCCAUAGAAUGACGCGCAACCGAACUAUUUUGGUUAUUUUGGCAUACUGGGUGUAUGCUUUCUUCAUCGUAGGGGUGAUCAAUCUGGUGACUCUAGGGGUAGCAAGACAGGUCACUGCCAUUGGUACGUUUGUGGGAAACUGUUUCACUGUUAUAAUAAUGAUAGGGCUCAACGUCAGGUUAUUCAUAAUCGCAAAGUACCAGCUAGAAAGGGAUCCACCGUCCGUGGAAAGAGAUUCCAAACGCUCCUCCAUUUACCUCAUCGUUUUGGUGGCUGUGUUCUUCCUAUGCGCCUGGUUGCCCAUAUUCAUUCACAUUAUAGUGUGCAGCUUUUUCGGAAGCACCUGCUACACGUUCAAAAACGAGGGCACGGACCCUAUGAGAAUGUUACCCCGGAUGAACGCAGUUUUGACGCCCGUGCUGUACAUUCGAGGCUGCACGCCACUGCGAGAGACGCUAUUUGGCAAAGUGUGGAAAAUGUGCAGCACAAAACGCAGGUAA